UUUCUCUAAGACCUAUGAGUUGUGGGCUGAGAGUGUGAUUCUCUGUGAUUUGUUGUGCAAAACUCACACCACAGCACUUUAUUAAGUUGGAACUGUUUAAAUUUGCUUUCUUGGGUCACAUGGUUAGUAGCCAUUAGCCACAGCUUUAUUUUGCAGACUGGCAAAACCUUGGCACACCUACUUCUUCGCAGGAGGAUGGUGUUUUUGGAGUUGGUCAAGAUGCUGGUAUUCCAAAGACGCUCUCUGUCUCUGAGCAGGGUGCCAGCACUAUUGUCUGUUGUGUCACAUGCCUGCUGAAGAGAAAAUGGAAGCUAGGGAGCAGAUGCAUGUAACUGCCCGACAGGGAGCCAAGCAGGGAGCAUGGCAGACAGAAGAACAGCUUGGCUGAAGAGGAAAUAAAGGCAGAGCAGGAGGUGGUGGAGGGGAUGGAUAUCUCCACUCGGUCCAAAGAUCCUGGCUCCGCUGAACGCACAGCACAAAAAAGGAAGUUUCCCAGCCCUCCGCAUUCCUCUAAUGGCCACUCACCACAAGAGGCGUCGACAAGUCCUAUAAAAAAGAAAAAGAAACCUGGUCUAUUGAACAGUAAUAACAAAGAGCAGUCAGAACUAAGACAUGGUCCGUUUUACUAUAUGAAGCAGCCACUCACCACAGACCCUGUUGAUGUUGUACCACAGGAUGGACGGAAUGAUUUCUAUUGCUGGGUUUGUCAUCGGGAAGGCCAAGUCCUCUGCUGCGAACUCUGUCCUCGGGUUUAUCAUGCUAAGUGUCUGAAACUGACAGCCGAACCAGAGGGGGAUUGGUUUUGCCCAGAAUGUGAGAAAAUCACAGUCGCGGAAUGCAUAGAAACACAGAGUAAAGCUAUGACAAUGCUCACCAUCGAACAGCUAUCAUAUUUGCUGAAGUUUGCACUACAGAAAAUGAAACAGCCAGGGACAGAACCAUUUCAAAAGCCAGUUUCACUGGAUCAGCACCCAGAUUAUGCAGAAUAUAUCUUUCAUCCAAUGGACCUCUGUACAUUAGAGAAGAAUGUUAAAAAGAAAAUGUACGGUUGCACUGAAGCAUUUUUGGCUGAUGCCAAAUGGAUUUUGCACAACUGCAUUAUUUACAAUGGCGGAAAUCACAAAUUGACACAAACAGCAAAAGUCAUCAUCAAAAUCUGUGAGCAUGAGAUGAAUGAAAUUGAAGUAUGUCCGGAAUGUUAUUUAGCUGCUUGCCAAAAACGAGAAAAUUGGUUUUGUGAGCCUUGUAGCAAUCCCCACCCUUUGGUCUGGGCUAAACUCAAAGGCUUUCCAUUCUGGCCUGCUAAAGCACUGAGGGAUAAAGACGGGCAGGUUGACGCCCGUUUCUUUGGCCAACACGACAGGGCCUGGGUUCCAAUAAAUAAUUGCUACCUCAUGUCUAAAGAAAUUCCUUUUUCUGUGAAAAAGACUAAAAGCAUCUUCAAUAGUGCAAUGCAAGAAAUGGAGGUUUAUGUUGAUAACAUUCGUAGAAAAUUCGGAGUAUUUAAUUACGCACCUUUCCGGACACCAUAUACUCCCAACAAUCAGUACCAAAUGUUACUAGACCCUGCAAACCCAACUGCUGGAACUGCAAAGACAGACAAACAAGAGAAAAUCAAACUGAACUUUGACAUGACGGCGUCGCCCAAGAUCCUCAUGAGCAAGUCGAUGCUGAGCAGCGGCACCGGUCGCAGGAUCUCGCUGACAGACAUGCCGCGGUCACCCAUGAGUACAAACUCCUCCGUUCACACUGGAUCUGAUGUCGAACAGGACGCAGAGAAAAAGGCAACUUCCAGUCAUUUUAGUGCCAGUGAAGAAUCCAUGGACUUUAUUGAGAAGAACACAGCUUCUCCGGCACCAACCAGAACGGGCCAAGCGGGGAGCUUGUCCGGCAGCCCCAAACCUUUCUCUCCUCAAGCAUCAACGCCCAUUUCUUCCAAGCAAGACAGAACCUCCACGCCAGGAAGCAUUCUGAACCUCAAUCUUGAUCGCAGCAAAGCCGAGAUGGAUCUGAAGGAGCUGAGCGAGUCGGUCCAGCAGCAAAGCACCCCCGUGCAGCUCAUCUCGCCCAAACGGCAGAUACGGAGCAGGUUCCAGCUUAAUCUUGACAAGACAAUAGAGAGUUGUAAAGCACAGCUUGGAAUAAAUGAAAUAUCUGAAGCUGUUUAUACGGCAGUAGAACACAGCGACUCUGAAGAUUCUGAAAAGUCCGACACCAGUGACAGUGAAUAUAGUGAUGAGGAUCAGAAAUCAAAGAACGAUCAGGAAGAUGGAGAGGACAAGGAAGGUACAAGAAGUGACAAAGAGUCAUUGAACUUGAAGAAAAAACCCAAGCCCCAAGCACAGAAUGAAGACAAGGAGGAACUUAAAAGCACAAGUCCGGAUCUGGAGAAGACAGAUGACCCAGUCAAAGAAAAGGCAAUUACAGACAGCGAAAAAGAGUUUUCUGAGAAGGGAAAGAGCUUACAGCACCCUGCGAAAGAGAAACUGAAAGGUAAAGAUGAAACAGACUCUCCAACUGUGCACCUGGGCCUGGACUCUGAUUCGGAGAGCGAACUCGUCAUCGACCUCGGGGAUGAUCAUUGUGGCCGCGACGGAAGGAAGACCAAGAAAGAAUCGAAGGAGACUCCUCCUAAACAAGAUGUUGUAGGUAAAGCUGCGCCCUCCUCCAGCGCGAGCACGCAGCCGCUGCCGGAAACGCCAGUGCUCACCCGCUCGGCCGCGCAGACCCCCCCCGCGGGGGUGACAGCAGCUGCCGGUGCCGCUUCCGCUGUCGGCGCUCCGGCCGCGGCCACGGGCAGCCCCGUCAGAAAGCAGAGGCCUCUGCUGCCCAAGGAAACUGCCCCUGCUGUGCAGCGCGUGGUGUGGAAUUCGUCAGCCAAAUUUCAGACUUCUUCUCAGAAAUGGCACAUGCAGAAGGUGCAGAGACAGCAGCAACAGCAGCAGAGCCAGCAGUCUCAGUCCCAGCAGCCUCAGUCCUCUCAAGGGACAAGAUAUCAGACCAGACAAGCAGUCAAAGCCGUGCAGCAAAAGGAGAUCACCCAGAGCACGUCCACGUCCACCAUAACUUUGGUUACGAGUACUCAGCCCAUCUCGAUGGUCACCAGCUCUGGAUCUGCAGGCACACUUUCUUCCUCAGUUAAUGCAGACUUGCCAAUCGCAACAGCUUCAGCCGACGUGGCUGCAGAUAUCGCUAAAUACACCAGCAAAAUGAUGGAUGCCAUCAAAGGAACAAUGACUGAAAUAUAUAAUGAUCUUUCAAAAAACACUACUGGAAGUACAAUAGCUGAGAUUCGGCGUUUGAGGAUUGAGAUAGAAAAACUUCAGUGGUUACAUCAACAGGAGCUCUCGGAAAUGAAGCAUAAUCUAGAACUGACAAUGGCUGAAAUGCGUCAGAGUCUGGAACAAGAACGAGAUCGUUUGAUUGCCGAGGUGAAGAAGCAGCUGGAACUGGAGAAGCAGCAAGCGGUGGAUGAAACGAAGAAGAAGCAGUGGUGUGCUAACUGCAAGAAAGAGGCCAUUUUUUAUUGCUGCUGGAAUACGAGCUACUGUGACUAUCCCUGCCAACAAGCUCACUGGCCUGAGCACAUGAAAUCCUGCACACAGUCAGCUACUGCAACACAGCAAGAAACAGAUACUGAAAUUAGCACAGAAACUUUAAAUAAAUCAUCUCAACCCAGUUCAAGUGUGCAGCCCACGCCCACAGAAACAGCCAGCACCCCUAAGGAAAAGGAAGGUUCAGCUGAUAAGAGCAAAGAGAGUGUUACAGACCCAGCAGUGUAGCUUCUGGUCUGGAUCUUUCGAUACAAGUUGCCUUCUGAUAAGCAAUACUGACUGCAGCACUUCCAAGCCCUUCUUGCCUGGGUUUCAGAGGCCAAGCUCAAGACCUGCAUUCAGAUCAACUUACUUUCUCACAACAGACUGCACUAGGGUACCACAGCCUUCCAUAACACUGAUACAACAGUUCACCUGGAUCUACACUUAAUGGAGCAGUGUGCAGUUUUGAAAUCCUCCAUAGCAUCUACUCUGAUAGUAUUCAGUAGGCAAGGAUGAGCAAAUGCUCUGAUAAAAGGGACUUAACAUUGCAUAUAUAGAUAAUGUUUAUAGAGAAGAUUCUGCUUUAUAGAUAGGGCUUGACUAUUAGCAAUUUCAGCAUCGUUUUUCUUCUGCCCUUGCAAGAUUUAUUAAGUGAAAAAUUUGGGGGGGGCUCAUCCUUCAAACCUUCACACAUGGUCCCCACAUCAGUAGGAGCCUUGUUGUAUUUUAAAAAAUGAAAAGCAAACUAAUUUUGUAGUAUUGUGAUUCCAGCAUGAUGUCUCAUGGAGAUAGUCCUGUAGAGUUGGGAAGCAUAGUAAACUAGAGAGCUGUGUUCAUUUCUUGACACUUUUGCUACUGGCUGGUGCUAGACCUCUGGGCUUGACGUGUCAGCUCAGGGAGUAACGUGGGAAGCAGAUGCGAGGAGGGGAAGAAGGGUCUGCGGUGCCGCCUGAAUUCGCUCUGGUGAAGUCACUUAAACUCUGGCUCACCCAACGUCCAUAUGCAUUGUUUGUGGCAGCACAGCCUUUGUAUUACUAGGGAAGUAGGGGAUGGGAGAAAAUCAAUGACCUAAAACUUUUGCCAGGAAAUAUUCCAGUUAUACAAAUCUGGAAUUGCUUUCACAUAGAUAUUCAACCUGAAGCAUCAUGCUGUAUACAUUGAUCACGUUCAUAAUUUGAAUUUUGUUUUAUUAACAAAGAAGUAACCUGUGAAUUCAUUAGGAUGCAAAUUUUUAACACAAACAAAACACCCAACGUAAAUUUCAUAUAAUAAUAAUAACAACUAGGUGGAAUUUCUGUAAAAGCUGAGACUUCUACUGAGGCUGCCUGUGCUGUCUCUGCAGAUAGCAACAGGUGUGACCAGCAGCCAGCCUAUAAAACUGGUCCAGGUACCGCAGACCACCACCUAUAUUCCAACCUCUCAACCCACAAGUGUAAGUACAACAUCGUCAUUUAAAGUCUGCAGUAGUGCUGUUCCUGGCAUUGAAGUGCUCAGUGUUUCUGGGGGGUUGUCUCCGUCUGCUGUUCUGCCAAGAUGUGGAUUCACUGGUACAGUCUCAACUUGCGGUGCAAAAUGUCUUAUUUUGCCGUGCAACAUUCCACCGUUUCAUUUCAUAAUUCAUCAUCACGAGAACUUAGAAAUUGUUAUGAAGUAUAGCGAAGGCACCGAGGACAGUCAGACUUCCAGUUUACAUUAUUAUGUUAGUUAUUUGCCCGUUUCAUGUAUAUACUUGACCACAACAUGAAUGUAAAUAUAUAGAAUUCAUUUAAAAUAUCUUUUAAAUAUCUUUUUGUCUAUGGUAUCCUGAAGAGAUUUAAUUAUUUCUGAGCUAUGCUUGAUAUUCCUGUGGCAUCUCAGUACCUAUCAAAGCAAACAUGCACUCAUCAGAGGUGUAUCUCCCACCCAGUCUUGCACAUUAGCGUUACGAAAUUAUGAGAAAUAGCACUGAAUCAGACCUGGGGCUUUUCUGUCAGGGUUUACCAGGGACACUCGGGCUCCCCAGUGCCGGUCACGGGAGGAUGGGACAGGAGCUGGAUGGUGGUUCUGUGCACCGGCCGUGUUCUGCAGCGCUCGCCCCGGGUCCGCGCGGCGCCCGCGCCGCCGUUCUCCCUACCCGAGGAGGCCUGGUGCUCCGGGCGCUAACGGCGCGGGGGCCGCUCAGAGCAGACGCGUGCGGGCAGCUUCAGUUCGUUUCCUGGCUGCAGUUAGAUAACAGUAACUACGUACCGAUUUAACGGCGUAUCGUAGUCACACCGUGGUUGUGAGGCCUGACCUGCUCUGGGUUUCCCGUGUCGUCCUCCCUGCGCACACUGUCCUGCAGCCCGGCCGCACGGCUCCCCAGCCACGGGUCCCACGCAGCCGCUACUGCCCGGCCUGGGGGCCGGCGCUUGUCACGUUCCUCGCAGCGUUUUAGCUCAUUCUGUCUCAGCUGAGGGCACCGAGCAACUUUGCGGCAUUGGCCCGAAGUUGCUUGGACUGAAUUGCUGUAACAACGAGGUUUUAUAUGUGUUUUAAAAUCAAGUAGCAAACAUCAAAGCUGUUAGGCUGUUUUGUGAAUAGCUGAGAGGUUGUGAGAUCGUAAGGUGGGUUUGUGUAAUAUUCAGAAAAAUGGCAGUUACCUUUGUCACUUUUCUGCAAUACAAAGCGUGGUGAGUUGUGUAAAGCGUAAUUGGAACGUCUGGAAGGUUUCAGCCUUUAUUUGUGCAUGUUUAAAAGUUUGUACACAUUGCAUUAGUCCUGCACAGCUACAGACGCCUCUGUACGGCUGCACGUGCAAUUUAAACGAUUUUAAACCUUACUGCAUGUUUAAUAUGUGUGCAAAAUGUGCGUCUGUGUAAAACUGGCAGAGGAGGAGGUUUUACCUCUCAGGGAAUGAUCCAAACACACUGAAGGAGUCUCACGCCUUCCAUACCCCGAUCACGAUACGAACUGAAAGUGUGUGUGUGAGUGUCCAGGAGGCGCGGCGGCCCGUCGCCCUGCUGCGGCACUGCCCGUGGCUCGCACAGCGGCUCGUUUAGGGUUCGCUUGCACUUUGUUGCUAACUAGGAAUUUCUUCCUCUGAACAACUUCCAGUGUAUCUUCCGGGUACCAUUUCCAUGGAGCCCUCUAUACGCAGCUGAAAUCAUUACAAAAUGGCGCCAAUCUUGAAUUAAUUUAGCAAAUUGGUUCCAUAUUUGGUUUUUAUUCUUUCUGCAGUUAACAUAAUGUAAAAGUAUGAACUCCUCGUCUUGGCGUUGCCGGGAAUGGAAUGAGCAGGCUUCUGGGAGGCACAGACCUUGUCACGGGGGAGCUGAUAACGCAGCGCAGCAGGAAGCUCACGGUCCUUGCCGAAUGAUGUUAAGACACUAAUGUGGUUUCUUACAUCAGUGUGGGCAACGUUGGGCUCCAGAGAACUUUACCUCUCCUCCGUGUUCCCUUUGGAACGCCCCACGGCCAUCGGGGAAGGUCUGUGCAUCCCCCUCAAAAUCUCACUCCUGUUUCUUCCACAAAAUACUGUGAACUGAAGUGGACGCGUUUGUUUGCCGGCCAGUCGGGCAUCACUGGAAUUGUGUCCAGACGUGCUCGCACUCUGUAUGGUAAAGGCGUUUCUAGACUUUCUCACACGUUUGGAGGCAGGCUAAGACACAGCUCGGAUCAAUAAAUCCUUCUCCAGAUCUUCCAGAGUGAUGUGACCUUGACCGGAUUGUUUAACGUUCUUGUGCCUUUGUCUCUGCAUCUGUAGAAUCAAUAACCACCUACAGAGAUGUCCUGAAACUUCAUUUGUUGAGAUUUAUAGAUCAUGAUGGAAGUGAAAAGUUUAUUCUAUAUGAAUAUUUUUCCAGGGUGCAUUAGACAGUUCCCAGUAAUGCCGAUGUUUUUGUUACUGAUUUGUGCACGAUUUAACUUAAGUACUUUCAGUUCGAAUGGAUGUUCUUGUUCUGCUCUGAAUGCACGGGGCAGUUUCUUUUGGGGAAAGAAAAGAUUUAGUUAGUGUGUAACGAGGAUAUACUUCUAAACAAGGGUAUUUUUGUAUUCCACUUUGAUUUUUCAAAGCUUUUUCAAACGACAAACUAUUUUCUAAGCCCCUUUUUCCUCUUCCCAUGUAUUAGUUUGGAGAAAAUACGUAACUGGAUGUAGUAACUAUGAAAACCUAAUUCUCCAAGCACAGACGGUGUAUAUAGUAAUAAUAAUACAGAAGAACUCUUGGCCACAGGACAGUAAUACGCUACUUUCUCCCCUGGCGUGAGGUCAUAUUGUGGUAAUAAAGGUAUUAAUUCUUGUGCAAAACUGGGACUCGUUCUGGAUUUUCCCUGGAAAUCUCUGUUUCUGUGGUCAUGUCUAUGUGACCUUUAACAUAACGAUGUGUUUCUCUUGGUUUUAAUCCGCAGACCAUUCCUGUAGUGGUAAGUCCUCCUGCGGGGACAGUGGCAAUGAGAGCUGGAGUUCAGUAUGUUCAGACCACAGUGCCAGUCCAAGUACGAAGAGUCUAACUGCUAACCAGGAGCCCAUACAAUUGGUGGAGUAAAUAAAUCUAAUAGAAAUGUGAAAAAUAAACACAGUUCUUUGGAUUAACCUCAAAGGUUCAGACUUUAGCUUUGUAUAUGUGUACAAAGCAUUAACUACACUACAUUAAUGUAAAGCAUUAGCGCUGGCUUAGAAAAGCUGAGGACAGGUAAGAUCCAUAUUAAAUCUAUGCUUCUUUUGUAAAUACUGUACAAUUUGUGGAUGUCAUUAGAGUACCAUCUCCUUUUUAUAUUUGUAUCGACUUUAACUUAUAAAGAGCGUUUGAGUUGGAAAAGGAAGGUUUAAAACAGCCUUACCACAAGCUGACACUGAACACUGGUCUUGGGAAAUGGUUACGCAGCAGAUAACACGAUCAUGAGAACCCGAACAAGUCCAUUUGCGUUAGGAAUUCACAAAAAUUCUGCACUUUGAAACUCUCGUAGAAUUUCUUUGAGCAAGCAAAUGAUGAAGGGUAACUUCAAAUUGUCUUAGGCCAAUUGUGACGUUGCCAGUCGCGGACUGAACCACAGAACGAUUGACAUUGUGUUUUACAAUGAGCAGACCGUUGAAAUUGUUUACAGGUCACAAUUAUGUUUAAACUUCUUCAGUCCCGUAUCAGGAAGGCUGGAGAGUCGCUCCAGGUGCCUGUAGCGCAAUUUUUGAUCAGUGGUAUCCACGACUGAGGAAAGUAAAGAUCUCCCUGUGUUUCACCGUGCAGUUUGCUUGUUUAAAUGCUCCAAAAAGGACUUGGAAAGCUUUUUGAAUGGACAGGAGGUAGGUGCGGAGGAAAACGUGGAUCGGGAGCGAUGGGCAAAGGACUCUUGACGCUGGGCCAGAGCAUGUGUUAUUUAUAUGAUGGAAUUUAUGUUUUUCUGUAAGCAUGAAGCAGUACAGUAUGAGAGAAAGUAACCCCUGGAAAUGCUGUCUGUUACACUUAUACUGUAGUACCAUUUGUAUGUUGUGUAAAACAAAGCAUUGAACAAAGCAAAGGUGAUGUAUGUAUAUGAGAAAAUUAAUUGUAUGAUAUCAUUCCAGUACAUUCUGUUGUACAUUUUAGUCAUGUUGAUUUCUCCCAUUGUUUAUAAAAGAAUGCGGUUUGUACAGUCUCCAGCUAGAACCCGUAUUAGAGGGAAAAGUAUUAGAAAAAAAGCGAGAACAGAAUAUUCGUGAAUUGCAGUUGUGUCAGAAAUAGCCUAGCUGGCCUUAUUUGUGAAGCAUAAUUGCUUUUAGCAUAUGGAAGUAUUUUUUCACAUUUUCUUUGUAUAAAAUUUGUAUUAAACUUAAAUAUCUUUUUGACAA